AUGCUGAUUGCUUUGCUUUUUGUUCUAGGCACAGUGAGCUGCACGUUAUUCCUGGCAGUUAAUGGUUUAUAUUCGGCCAGUGAUGAUGUGAUAGAGCUAACACCAACUAACUUCAACAAGGAGGUCAUUCAGAGUGAGAGCCUGUGGCUCGUGGAGUUCUAUGCCCCAUGGUGUGGUCAUUGUCAAAGACUAACCCCUGAGUGGAAGAAAGCAGCAACAGCAUUAAAAGGUGUAGUGAAAGUAGGUGCAGUAGAUGCAGAUAAGCAUCAGUCCUUGGGUGGACAGUAUGGAGUCAGAGGGUUUCCAACUAUCAAGAUAUUUGGAGCGAACAAAAACAAAGCAGAGGAUUAUCAGGGUGGCAGGACAAGUGACGCCAUUGUUGAUGCUGCUCUAAGUGCUCUUCGGUCCCUGGUGAAAGACCGUCUUAGUGGCAGAAGUGGAGGAUAUAGUUCUGGGAAACAGAGCCGAGAGAGCGGAGGUGGAGAUAAGAAGGAUGUGAUUGAGCUGACUGAUGACAGCUUUGAUAAGAACGUCAUAAAUAGUGACGAUGUGUGGAUGGUGGAGUUUUAUGCCCCAUGGUGUGGGCACUGCAAAAACCUGGAGCCAGAAUGGGCAGCUGCUGCCACUGAGGUGAGAACAAAGGGAAAAGUCAAGCUGGCUGCAGUAGAUGCAACAGUCAAUCAGAUGCUGGCAAGCCGAUACGGGAUUCGUGGAUUUCCCACAAUUAAAAUCUUCCAGAAAGGAGAAGACCCUGUUGACUACGAUGGUGGCAGAACUAGAUCUGAUAUCGUUGCUCGUGCUCUGGAUCUGUUUUCUGAUAAUGCCCCACCACCUGAGCUCCUGGAGAUAAUUAAUGAAGAUGUUCUGAAGAGUACCUGUGAUGCUCAUCAGCUCUGCAUCAUUUCUGUCCUGCCUCAUAUUCUUGAUACAGGAGCUUCAGGGAGGAAUUCUUACCUGGAUGUCAUGUUAAAAAUGGCUGAAAAAUACAAAAAGAAAAUGUGGGGGUGGCUGUGGACAGAAGCAGGUGCUCAGUCAGAUCUUGAGAGCUCUUUGGGGAUUGGAGGCUUUGGGUAUCCAGCAAUGGCAGCUGUUAAUGCUCGGAAGAUGAAAUUUGCUCUUUUGAAAGGAUCGUUUAGUGAGCAAGGGAUUAAUGAGUUUCUCAGGGAACUGUCUGUUGGUCGUGGCUCUACAGCCCCCGUGGGUGGUGGAGCUUUCCCUAAAAUUCAUUCAGUUGAACCUUGGGAUGGCAAAGAUGGUGAGCUUCCGGUUGAAGAUGAUAUUGAUCUCAGUGAUGUGGAUCUGGAUGACUGGGAUAAAGAUGAGCUGUGAGAUCUUCAGGAAACUUCUUUUCUUGGGAGAGUUUGCGCAGCAGAUUGCAACCUGGUUCACAAUCAGAUGGAUAUUCCAGUGGCCUUUUUAUGGAGAAAUAGCACGUGACGCGCUGUGCUAUUUGAUGCACUGCAGCAGUGAACUGUACGCAUCUCCAAGAAAACAUUGCAGAAAUUCUAUGAAUUGUCAUAACCAGUAAACUUGAUUGUAUUCUGUGUAACAAAUAUUUUGAGGACAACAUGGAUAUUUCUUUGGAACACCUUAGUUUUUAUUUUGUUGAUAGUGUGCUGUUUGAGUGUUACUGGAGGCUGUUAGUGUAACCGAUUUUAAAUGUGAUUUGAUUUUUUUUUUUUUCCAUGGAGGUGAAACCUGGUCAGCUUCUGUUUCAAUUAAAGAAUAAAACAAAAUAUUUUUGACACACA